AUUAACAUUGUUUCUGAGACCCACUUGACCCUACUUGACCCUAUUUGAUUUUCUCUCUCUCUCUCUCUCUCUCUUUUUCUCUCUCAUUAUAAAAACCUCGCUUCAGUCUGAAGCAUUAAUUUGCAGAGUUAGCACACUCAUUGCGAUCUCUCCUUCCCCACUCACUCUAACACAACCUUCUCUUUCCUCUUUUUCCGAUGGCAACAGCAACACCUGAGACCAAAACAGAAUCUAAAGUAGAAGCUAAAUCCCAAACUAAAGAAGUUGAAGAAAUCAAUUCCCAACCUCUCAAAUACAAGACAUGGGUUUUGAAAGUCUCUAUUCACUGUGAAGGUUGCAAAAGGAAAGUCAAAAAAGUAUUACAGAACAUCGACGGGGUUUACACAACGAAUAUUGAUUUGAAACAACAAAAAGUUACAGUAACAGGGGAUGUAGACGCAGAGACUUUGAUCAAGAAAUUGGUGAAAUCAGGGAAACAUGCAGAGCGAUGGCCUGAAAAAGCAGAGUCAAAAGGGAAAAAGAAAAACAAAGGGAAAAACAAAGAGAAACAGAGCGAUAUAGAAAGCUCCGAGGAAUGCAAUCAUGGCGAUGAUAAAGAAAAACAGACUGGGAAAGUUGAUGUUGUUCAAGUUCAUGACUCUGCUAAGAACAAUGAAGGUGGUAGUACGGGGAAAAACGGUGAUGGAGGUAAUGUUAACAAAGCCACUAGUGAAGGUGGUCAACCGGGAAAGCAAAGUAAUGGUGGAGGACAUGUCAAGGAAUCAAAAUCCGAAGUAAAGACGGUGACUAUACCGGCCAGUAGCCAGUCAGCGGUGGUUGAGAAAAAGACCGUCGUUGAAAUCGAAGGUGGGACGGAGAGUGGCAGUGGAGGCGGUGCUCAAGGUAGUGGUGGCAGUGGAGGUAAAAAGAAGAAAAAGAAGGGGCAAAAAGGGAACAACAAUGGCAAUGAGGUUGAGCAGAAUAUUGAAGGUGCGGCGCCGGGCACUGGAUCACCAACCCAUGCUCAUGGUCCUUCUAGCUCAGGCCCUGGUCAAAAUCCAGUGUCAGCCAAUCACACACUUCCACGUCAGCAUGAGUAUCAAUACCCUAUGCAGCAUUAUCAUGCACCCCCAGUAUACGUGGUGGGUUACAAUACGACGCACCCCGCCAGUAGCUAUACUACAUCGUAUUAUACCUCGCCAUCGCCUUAUUCGUAUUCGUAUGCAUCCGCGCAUCACGGUCCGGGAUCUGAGACGGAACCAUCAGCGUACUAUGUAGAAUCGUAUUCAUCACCGCCGUCUGAUUCUUUUGAGUUAUUUAGUGAUGAGAAUCCAAAUGGGUGCUCUAUUAUGUAAGCAAGAAAUUUGGGGCAAAUUGACCACAUUGACCUUCCGAGUGUAGUGAUGCUUAUACGGCUUGUAUAAGUUAUAUAAGUGGGGGUAUAAUUUUGUGAUGGAUGUACAAAAUGGAGAGAUUAUGUAGUUUGAAUUAGGGGGAAAAAUAAUAUGGGGGGUUUUAGGCAUUAGGGGGGUCUUGGAUGUCUUUUUAAAGUUGGUAUUUGUGCUUUAGUUUUGUUUAGUACUUCUUCACUCUUUUGAGGUUGGUUUAUAAAGUAACUAGCCUUGUAAUGUUUGGUUGUCCUUAGCCCCCACCCCACCACGUUUACUCUCUCUCUCUCUCUCUCUCUCUCCUC